AUGUCGCCCGGGAUGCGCGGGGUUAGCAAGCGCCCUGCAGCGAACGCGCCGCUGCAUUCGGACGAUGAAGGUGGCGAGACUCUAUUCUCAUGCCCUAGACAUGCCAUCUCUCCAGUCAGGCGCAGCGGCAUGACCGCUUUGCUGACCCCUGCAAGUGAUGCUACUGAUCCAGGAGACGCAGCAGCUGACAUCGCCAACGCGGCGAUGACAACCUUGCCAGAGGAGAGCCCAGGCGCCAGCCCAGCCCCCAUGCAAGCAGCGGCAGCGCAGAACGUGCAUCAGGCGCUCUUCGUACGUCAAAACAGCACGGCUGCAGUAGGCAGCCUGCAGGAGGCGCCAGCCGAGGAGCCCGCGCAGCCUGCGGGAGGCGCCAGUGCCGACAGCCACCAGCCGGCAGAGGAGGCCGACGGCGAGCCCGUCGACCAGCGCGGGAUCCAGCCCGACUGCCCCCCGGCGCCCACCCUGACAGCCCAGCCGAGCCCGAAGGCCCCCCCGACGGCCCAGCCGAGCCCGAGGCCGACGGCCCACCCACCCACCCUCGAGAGCCAAGCCGAGCCCGACGGCGCGCCGCGUGUCGCCCACCUCGACGGCUCCCAGGCUGCCGCCCUCGCCAACGGCCCCCGGCCUGACGCCUCGGUCGGGGAGCGGGAAGAGCCAGCAGAGGAGGCGCAGCGAAGCGAUCCUGAAGAUCUACCAGCGGAGCAGCAGUCGGACGACGACAAAGCGAAGGACGAGGACAUUGAGGCCCUGCUCGCAUCGCAGGGAGAGCCGAGAUGCCCCGCGCACAAGAAGGAUGCGGAUCCGCUUGCGCAGGGCUGCAAAAUCAGCAAUGUCGGCACGGUCGCCAUGCGCGGCGCGUGCAAGGUGCGCGACCAGACGCUGCGGAUGAUUUCCGGCGGGUGA